UGUCGGGGAUGAACUGGCUGCAUCGCUGAAGACGCGCCGACCUCUCCUACUUUUUUUGCACCGGGACAAUGUUGACAUAUUCCGUGCAGGGACUCUCCCGCGUAAGUCAAGUGAAUAUGGGCAACUUGGAGUGAUACCUGCGCUGGAGAAAGUGCACCGCGCGCUUAAGUGGUGAGAUUAUAACCGGGAGUCUCUGAGCGCCCAGGAGGCUCGACCCCUCUCGCUUUGAAGAUUAGAGGGUUGACGUCGUCUGAAGGACACUAAGAACAGGAUUAGGUAUUGUGCAGUCUAACCUACUUCUCAUCACUCCUACAUUUUGUCCCCCCACCCUGAAAAAUUUGCGCAAUGACCUUUGGUGCACUUGGAAUACAGUGGGUGCGCCCGUGAGGUGUGUGCAUUUGAUCAAAGACGGGAUGUGGUGUGAUCACAGGAAGUCAAAUCAGGUGGGCAGGCAAUAAGGCUUGACAGAAGAUGCGACGGGGGUGGUGGCUCGUCAGAUGGCUGGGGACAGGAAUGGCAAUCCUCUCUUUGCUAACCCACAGCUGGGGCCAGGACACAGAAGACUGGCAGUAUGAGGAGUGUAAGCUGUCUCGGCCGGGCCCCCCUGCAACUAUUGUGACCAUUGAUGAGGAAAGUCCCAACGGUACAGUCUUGGUGGAAAACAUGCAGAUAAAUGGCCGCGCCCAAGAUCCAGGCAGGACCAUCUCUCUGGCUUUGCUGGACAACUUCCACCACUGGGUGAUCCUGGAGCCAUCGCGGCAGAGACUCUACCUCAACAGCACCGGGCGUGUUCUGGAUCGAGAUCCCCCCAACUUCAUCACCACCAUCGUGGUUCAGGUCCAGUGCACCAAUGAACUGAUCGGGACGGUCAUCUUGCACGAGGUUCGGAUUGUCGUGAGGGACAGGAAUGACAACACGCCUCGUUUUCAGCAGCCACGCUACUAUGUUGCAGUGAAUGAGCUCACACCAGUUGGAACAACCAUUUUCACUGGCUUCUCAGGAAAUAACGGUGCUACAGACAUCGACGAUGGGCCCAAUGGACACAUAGAAUACAGCAUCCUGUACAAUCCCAAUGACCCGGAUUCCAACGGCACAGUGAGCGUCACCAACACCCUUUCAGGACACAUUAUUCUGGCAGAGAGGCUUAACUACGAGGAGAAAACUCGCUACCUGGUUUUGGUCCAAGCCAGUGAUCGAGCGCCGUACCCUCCAAACAGACGGUCGGCCACCACCACGCUGACUGUGGACGUCCUGGACGGAGACGACCUGGGUCCCAUGUUCCUGCCGUGCGUUCUGGUGAACAACACUCGUGACUGUAACCCCCUCACCUACCGUGUUGCCAUCCCCGAAUUCACUGAACCGAGCAAACUGAACCCACUGAAUGUGACCCCUCCGAUCCGGGCCGUGGACAUGGACAGAAACAUACAGCCUCCAUCAGACCGACCAGGCAUUCUCUACUACAUCCUUGUUGGUCAUCCAGUCACGUAUCCAGCCUAUUUUGCCCUGAAUAAAACCACUGCAGAGUUGUAUGUCCUGAAACCAAUUAGCAGGGACUUAUACCAGAGGUUCACGCUCAUCAUCAAGGCUGAACAGGACAACGGUCACCCCCUCCCAGCCUUUGCCGACCUCAUUAUUGAAAUCCUGGACGAGAACAACCAGGCACCAUAUUUCCAGUUUGCCACCUAUCAGGGCUACGUGAGCGAGUCCUCCCCAGUGGGCACCACCAUCUCGGCCAAUGCCAAUCUCACCGCCCCCCUGGGAAUCAUCGCUUUGGAUAAUGACAUUGAGGAGACAAAAGAUCCCAUGGUGAAGAUUACUCUGGAUGACUACACCGCGAUCUUCGGCCUGACCCCAACCGGGAUAAUCCGCCACCUGAGGCUCCUCAAACCUGUGGACCGGGAGAAACAGAUGGCCUAUACUUUUACGAUGGUGGCAUCAGAUGGCGUCCAGCAGAGCAGUCCAGUGACUGUCAACAUCCUGGUCAUUGAUGCCAAUGACAAUACGCCCACAUUUGCCGAGGUCUCCUACAGCGUGGAAGUCUUCACAGACAUGCAGCCCGGGGAGACUGUACUGCAGCUAACAGCAGUGGAUGCAGAUGAGGGAUCGAAUGGUUUGGUGACCUAUGAGAUCCUGGCCGGCGCCCAAGGAGAUUUCAUCAUCAGUAAUCGCACUGGACGUAUCACUGUGGCUCCUGGUGUCACGUUAACUGUGGGACGAUCUUAUGCACUUACCGUCAAGGCCUCUGACAAUGCACCAGAGACCCAGAGAAGGAGCUCCAUCACCACAGUCUACAUUGAGGUUUUGCCCCCAAACAACCAGAGCCCCCCUCGCUUCCCUCUGCUCACCUACAACCUGGAAGUCAGUGAAGCCAUGAGGAUAGGAGCCAUUCUUCUCAAUCUGCAGGCCACAGACAGAGAAAAUGAUCCGAUCACAUACCGCAUUUUGAGUGGGGAUUCCCAGAACGUCUUCAACCUCUCGGAGACGAUUGGCCUUCUACUUCUGGGCAAGCCUCUGGACAGAGAGACCACUGAUCAGUAUCGUCUGAUUGUCACGGCAUCUGAUGGCAACCCUGGAGGGACAUCCACUACGACUGUGAACAUCGUCGUCACCGAUGUCAACGAUAACGACCCUGAGUUUGACCCCACCAUUCCCACCAACUUCACUGUGCAAGAGGAAGAGGCCAAUUUAUUUGUAGGACGAAUCAGGGCCACCGAUCCAGAUGCCGGAGCUAACGGCCAGGUGCAGUACCGGAUUGUGAAUCAUCCAGACUUAUUUCUAAUCAGCAAGAACGGGAGCAUCUACACCAGAGUGCCACUUGACCGGGAGCUAAGAAGCCACUACGACUUGGUGGUGGAGGCCUCGGACGGAGCGGUGGACCCUCGGCGGACCACUCUGACCCUCUCCGUCCGGGUCACGGACAUCGACGAUAACAGCCCGGUCUUCUCGCAGCAGACUUAUGUGGUGAACGUUCCCGAGAACAGCCCUUGGGGAACGCUCAUCCUCAAGCUAAGUGCGGUGGAUUCAGACCUUUUCUCGAACGUCACUUAUCGGAUCAAGACUGAGUCGGCCAGGCAGCUGUUCUCUCUGAACCCCAUCACGGGGGAGUUGGCCGUGCUGCAGACCCUGGACUUUGAGGACCUGGCAGCGAUGGGCAUGGGGACCUCUUACACUUUCCAGGUGGAAGCUGUCGACCAAGGAGGGGUCAUGCCCCCGGGGCAAGCCACCGUCACGGUCCGCAUCACGGACAUGAAUGACUUCUCCCCCAUCUUCACCCAAGACCUGUACCGGGGCAUGGUAGCUCCGAAUGCAGAGAAAGGAACCGUCAUCACAACCGUGUUUGCAGAGGAUCAGGACCCACCGGGCACUCCGGCCAGUUUCGUCCGCUACAGAGUGGACCUGGACAGGUCGCCGUACAGCGGGAGCAUCUUCGACGUGGAGGAGGAAACGGGGAGAGUCGUCACCAAGGUCAACCUCAACGAAGAGCCCAGUGUCACUUUUAAGCUGUUUGUGAUCGCCUUCGACGACGGGGAGCCGGUGAAGACCAACAGCACCUUGGUGGAGAUCACCGUCCUGCAGCCCUCUCGCAUCCCCAUCUUCACCCAGGAGGAGUACAGGUUUUCCCCGGUUAGCGAGCUGGCUCCGGUAGGAACUUCAGUGGGGACGAUUCUCGCCGCAGCCAUCAACCAAACCAUCUUCUACUCCAUCGUGGCGGGAAAUGAACUCGGUCAAUUUCAAGUGAACAACAGGACAGGCGUCAUCUCCACAGCCAAACCUCUGGAUUAUGAGAACGUGACCAGCUAUGUCCUCAGGGUCCAGGCUGACUCCAUGAUUGUCGUCAUGUCCAACCUGCGUGUGCCUUCCAAAACCAACACAGCAAAGGUGUUCAUAGAGGUGCUCGAUGAGAAUGACCACCCUCCCGUCUUCUCCAGGAAGCUCUACAUAGGCGGCGUGACGGAGGACACCAAGCUCUUCAGCUCUGUGCUCAAGAUAGUGGCCACCGAUGUGGACACAGGAAACUACAGCGCUAUGGCCUACCGGCUGAUCAUCCCACCCACGGCGGAGGGUCGGGACAGCUUCGUCAUCGAGGCCUACACGGGGAUCGUCAAGUCCGCCAUCAUGUUCCGGAACAUGCGCAGGUCCUACUUCAAGUUCGAAGUCAUCGCCACCGACGACUACGGGGACGGGCUCAGCAGCAGCGCGGAGGUGGUGGUUUCUGUGGUCAAUGCACUUGACAUGCAAGUUGUGGUGUCCACUGUCCCGCCCACCCUCGUGGAAGAGAAAAAGGAGGAGCUCAUUCGCAUCCUCGAGCGUCACGUCCAAGACCAGAUCCCAGGAGCCAAGCUGAUCGUGGAGUCCAUCGGACCACGUCGUCAUGGCGACGGCUUUGAGCUGGAGGACUACUCUCAGUCGGACCUGAUGGUGUACGCCAUUGACCCGCUCACGAACAGGGCCAUUAGGCCCAAGGAGCUCUUCACAUUUCUGGAUGGUAACAAGUUGGAGAUCAAUAAGGAGUUCAUGCCACAUCUGGGUGAGGGAGGCCGCAUCCUGGAGAUCCGAAAUCCAGACGUCGUGGCCAGUGUGAAGAAGGCCGCCCAGGCCGUGGGCUACACCGAAGGAGCUCUCCUGGCCCUGGCCAUCAUCAUCAUCCUCUGCUGCAUCCCGGCCAUCCUCAUCGUCAUGGUCACCUACAAACAGUUCAAAGAGCGGCAGGCAGAGUGUGCCAAAACCGCCAGGAUUCAGAUGGCUUUACCACCGGGAGGGAAAGCAGCUCCAGCGGGUGCUCCCAGCGCUAACCUCUACGAAGAGCUGGGCGAUAGCAGCAUGGCUAAAAAGUCUGUCAUUAAGGAGGCCGACCACCAGAGGAUUCAUGGCACCUUUGCCUGUCGCACCGUUGCAGCCCGCAGCAACGGAGCGUUGCAUGUCAGCGUGCCCAGGUCAGAGAGCAACGUGACCUUCUUCUCUGACUUCAGCCCCCUCACCACGCACAACCCGGUCUAUGACGACAGCAGUCCCCCGCGCAGCCCGGAUAUCUACGGCCAGGGGAUGACUCCGUUUGAGAAGCAGUUCUUCGCUCCUCUCCACUCGACCGGGUCGGGAUCCGCCUGGACGAUGCCUGCUCGCCUUCACAGCAAGCUGCCAAAGAGGCAGGGCCUCCUGGACCCGGCCAACUGGGAGCUGCAGAUAGUGGAAACAGGCGUGAGAGGCAGGCAGAGGCUGGACAGUGCCGAUACGCUCGACCUGAGCGGCAGCACGGAGACCAAGUUGUCAGUUCGCGAGCAGGCCAAGCAGUUUGAGCAACAGGCCCUCCAGGAACAAAGCCUCAAGCAAAACAGAGGCUCUCUGGGUUCCCUCUCCUCCAUCCUUCUCAGGGAUCGAGACAGUGUUGACACCCUGGAGCUGACCUCAGAAACCCUGCUGUCUCUAUUGGAUUACUCGUACAGCCCGGCGUCUGUGGGCAGAGACGUGCCCCCCAGCGAAAUCUUCACUCAGGGAGACGAGUCGUCCUGGCCCCUGGCGAGCCAGAGGCCCACUCCACCUGUUCUCCGGAAGUUUAGCUCCAGCAUCUCCAGCUACAUGACCCUUCAGCCCUGUCAGAUCACUGUGGAGAUUAUCCCAGACCCACCCGAGAAUCCCCCGCCUCGGCCGCCACAGCCCCCGCCCCCGCCCACCUCUCCUCCCCCCAGCCCUCCUCAUUCUCCUCCGUUCCCCUCCUACUUUCACGAGCAGCCGAUUCCUCACUCGUCUCCGCCCCCUGUUCCUCCUUCUCCUCCUUCUCCUCUUCCUCCUCCCCCUCCCGCCGUCGAUGCGCAGCUCGUUCCUCCGCCCCCUCCGCCCCUCCCUCCCCCUCCCUCGCCUGCCUCCGAUCUAGCGCGCCCUUUCGUCCAGUUCAUCCCGACCUCGCUGCCACCCGUGUCCUCGCUCCGUCCCGUCUCAGAACGAAAGCGCCCCGUCUCUCCUCCCCAGCCCCGAGCCGACGUCGGCAAGAAGAAGGAACUGAAAGGAAUCCUGAAGAACAUCCAGAAUCUCGCCGAGAUCGAAAGGUCUGUUGCCAAUCUGUACAGCCAAGUAGACAAAAAUCGCAAGGUGCCCAAGUUCAACAAGAAGCCACAAGUGACUGAGGAAUCGGAGGAUGCUCACAAACAGCAGGACUCUGACGCCGGCGAUGAGCAGAGCACGCCAAAAACAAUCAGUCCCAGCUCUGCGGUCCAGAUCAACUCAACAGCAGGCAUGAACUGCGCUGAAAAUGGAGCGAGUCAGCCGAACGUGGCGGCGGACGUUCUGCCAGCGAGCCAGUUGAACUCAGACAGCCCGAAGACGGCUGAACCCAGUGAACAAGUUUCCUCUCAGUCCACAGUGUUCUGACUUUCUCUUUCAUUCCCUCUCCUCAUUAUUUUCAUUUCCUCAUCUCCAUGCCUGUUUUCUGUU